UAAAAGUUAAUAUUUUUGCUUGUCAGAGUGAAGAACAUCAUUUAACUGCGUUUGAAGGAUUUGCAAAGAUGUACUUCAGAAUUCUCAUCUUCUCUCUUUUCAAUUCUGCGUUAUCAACACACCUCAGUGUUCCUUUAGCAAGACAAGAAAACUUCCUGAUUACGCGAGGGGAAAAAUUCAACACAACAGAUUUAGUUGCAACUUUGAAUGUAUCACUUGAACUUGAAUGCAUCUCAGAAUGUUUGAAAGUCAUAACAUGCGCAGGAGUGAACUUCAAUGGAAAUGAUUCCAAAUGUGAGCUCAUAAAAUACAAAGGAAUUAUAUCGAAUAAAACACUUGAUGCUGAUUGGAUGUCUGCCCAUAUUGGCGAUUAUUUGGAAAAUGGCUGCAAAGCUCUAAAGGACCGUAGAGGGGAUAUGGAGAUUGAUUACUACCCUAUUCUCCUAGAUGGAUCUAGUGAGCCAAUUUUAGUCCUGUGUUAUGAUGGAUGGACAAUCCUCCAACAUCGUCAAGAUGGCACGCUUGAUUUCAAUCAAACUUUAGAUGCUUACAUAAAUGGAUUCGACAACGGGGAAUCAGAGAACUGGUUGGGGCUCCACAGAAUACAUCAGAUAACAACAUCAGCUCAAUAUGUAGCUAGGCUGUCAGUUAUAGACAGGAAUGGAGCCUCACAUUUUGCUGACUAUCAAACAAUACAUGUAUCAGAUGAAACUCGGAACUAUGAAUGCACACUGACAGAUUUUAUCAUGGGUUCAGUUAACGAUGGAUACAGUAUUUUGGGAAAGAUAUUCAGGACUUUUGAUUUCGAUAAUGACAUGUCAUGCGGGGCACAAGAUGGUGGCGGAUGGUGGUUUGACGAUGAUUGCUCUGAUGAUGUUAUGUUCAAUGGUGUGUACCAGACUAAUGGGUCACAAACUACAGGAAGAGGAAUACACUGGGGCUUCACCAAUAACAAUGGCAGUGAAUCAUUUCUUGAAAGUACAAUUAUGGUUAUAAGGAAGACGGACUAUGAAGAGCUGUUUAAUUUAGAUCUCAAUUAAUUCAUGACCAUAACCGUAUAUAACACGAGGGUGGUCUGACUAACGGUCAAGGCUGUAUUAUGGACCGGUUUGUCCGGUUGCCAUUUUAUAUUCCUAUGUGUGGAAUAAUAAUUGGCUCAUAUAGAAAGUAACUUUUCCAACUUAUUGACGUUAUUCUUGUAGUCCUAGAGAAGGUGCUGUUUUCAUUAUAAAACAAUGUUUGAUAAAUUGUAGACUAAACGUGAAAAACACAAAGGGCAGCACAGGCAAAGUUAACAUACAUUUCAAACUUGUUUUCUGAAUGACUUUGAAAAAACAGCCUGACAGAAAAUGGCUCAUUUCUACAUUAAAUACCUGAUUCCCCAGAAUGAAUAUAUUUUUUUUGAAUUUUGAAACAACUAACUACACGUAUACAUGGAUAUACAUUUUGGAGUAUAAUUAUGACAUUUAAUAAAUGAAAAUG